GGAGUCUAGAGAUCACUUUCUGCUGUCCUGCCUGGCCCCAAGUCACCCAAACUUCCCUUGUCCGCCACCAGAGGACACCAGCUGGUGAGAUUUGGCAACGGGCUCUGAUGAGCCUUGACCUACAUGCCGGGUUUGCAGUUGUUCUUUAUUUUUGGCAUGUAGCAAAGGAGCAAAGCCUGUAGGAAAAGCAGCGAGAUAUUCUAUCUCGUCAGGAGUGCCUGCUCGGGUAUACUUCAGUCCUCUGUUAUUUCCUCUCCCCAAGGGACUCUGGAACCUUCAGGAUUCUGGCCACUUUCACUCAAAAGCUUUGAAAAUCUGAAUCUGAGGGCUUCCCAGAAGAAGAAACCAAGACAGAAAUUUUGGGGAAAACUACAUUAAAGGUGCUUCCGAGUCCCCUCCAGUCGCUAAGCAUGACCUGGGACGAGGUCCUGCCGGACUCACACUCCGCACAGAGUUUCUACGAGAACUAUGAACCCAAGGAGAUCCUGGGCAGGGGUGUUAGCAGCGUCGUCAGGCGCUGCGUCCACAAACCCACCCGCCAGGAGUAUGCAGUGAAGAUCAUCGAUGUCACCGGUGGGGGCAGCUUCAGCCCUAAGGAGGUGCAGGAGCUGCGGGAGGCCACACUCAAGGAGGUGGACAUCCUGCGCAAAGUCUCGGGACACCCCAACAUCAUCCAGCUGAAGGACACUUACGAGACCAACACUUUCUUCUUCCUGGUGUUUGAUCUGAUGAAGAAAGGGGAACUCUUUGAUUACCUCACUGAGAAGGUGACCCUAAGUGAGAAGGAAACCAGAAAGAUCAUGAGAGCCCUGCUGGAGGUGAUCUGCACCUUGCACAGACUCAACAUCGUGCACCGGGAUCUCAAGCCUGAGAACAUCCUCUUGGACGAUGACAUGAACAUCAAGCUCACAGACUUUGGUUUUUCCUGCCAGCUGCAGCCAGGAGAGAAGUUGCGAGAGGUCUGCGGGACCCCCAGUUACCUGGCCCCCGAGAUCAUUGAGUGUUCCAUGAAUGAGGACCACCCGGGCUAUGGGAAGGAGGUGGACAUGUGGAGCACCGGGGUCAUCAUGUACACCCUCCUGGCCGGUUCCCCGCCCUUCUGGCACCGCAAGCAGAUGCUGAUGCUCAGGAUGAUCAUGAGCGGCAGCUACCAGUUUGGCUCUCCGGAGUGGGAUGAUUACUCGGACACCGUCAAAGACCUGGUUUCCCGCUUCCUGGUGGUGAGUCCGCAGGGCCGCUGUACGGCGGAAGAGGCCUUGGCGCACCCCUUCUUCCAGCAGUACGUGGCGGAAGAAGUGCGGCACUUCAGCCCCCGGGGCAAGUUCAAGGUGAUCCUUCUCACCGUGCUGGCCUCCGUGCGCAUCUACUACCAGUACCGCCGCCUUAAGCCCGUGACCCGCGAGAUCGUCAUCCGAGACCCCUACGCCCUCCGCCCUCUGCGGCGCCUCAUCGACGCCUACGCGUUCAGGAUCUACGGCCACUGGGUGAAGAAGGGGCAGCAGCAGAACCGGGCAGCCCUGUUUGAGAACACACCCAAGGCGGUGCUCCUCUCCCUGGCCGAGGACGACUACUGAGGGUCAGCGGCAGGCCAGGCGGGCUGGGGGCAGCAGAGGGUGGACCACAGGCCUAGGAGUGAGAGUGGUGAGGCCACUACCCUCCCGCAGAGCAGGACCCGCACAUGGGGUGAGAAUAACAGACUGAGCCACACGCCCAAACACCAUGAUGUGCUGGACCUUUAAGGAGACUUUGUCUCCAGCACCCGGUGUUACCAGGUGUUACCAGGACCGUGUUAGGAGAAUCUCAGGGUAGCGGUCACUUGAGAGCAAGAAAGCCGCCGGUGGGUCUUUCUGGAGCACUAUUCGAGACUCCUCCGGACACACAGUUCUGCCUGGUAAAAUCUUCAGUUCUGGAACUUUUACUCACAUUGCAUUUUUAUCUCUCAAUUGUUGUGGGGGUCGUGAGAGCUAUACCCGGUGGUGGUUGGUGUGUUUGUGUGCGCGUGUUGUGGCACUCGGUGCUGGGGACUGAACCCAGGACCCUGCACAUGCAAGAAGGUGCUGUACCACUUCAGCCACACGCCUGGCCCUAACACUGCUCUUUAAAGCACCUGUGGCACUUGACGUGACAAGAGAUUUCAGAAACUAGAUUUCUUCAGGAAGCAUAUGAAGCGCCACAAAUAAGGCAAGUACAAGCAAAGAUUGUCCUUUUGCAGCAAGCUGCUGGGAAGACGAAGAGAGAUCCUGCCUCAAGAAAACACCUUUACAGUUAAUAUUUGACAACUCAGAGGAACACUCAGCUCCCAGCCACAAUCCGUGAGUCAGGCGUCUUGUCCAAGGUCAGAGUCCUUUCCCUCCUGCCGAGGGAUGGUCAAAGGGGAAGGUCAUUUCUGAGACUGACGCGUUCGGACAUUGGCUGUGUUUGGAAUAAGGCCAGGAAAGGCCACGAGGCCCCGGCACGGCUGCUCACAGCUCCUGUCGGCCUGCAUCGGCAGCACAGCGGAAGCCCAGGUUGUCUGAGGCUGAAUCUGGCGUGUUGCCCAUCCUGUCAUCAGAGAAGGAAAGAGACAACGGACUUUUUGAGAAAAAGCUGUUUGGAGCCUUACCCAAUUUCCUGCCCAGGCCUCUGUGGUCGGACAUCCAAAGCCUAGAGAGGACCUGAUCUAGAACGCCACCUGGUGCAAACAUGUGCCACGCAUGUGUGUGCUACUCCUGAGGAAAGGGGAUGAGAAUGGAUCGUGGGGGCAGGAAGGAGAGUUCGGAGGUGAAGGUUCUCGCUGUACCAACCCUGGUUCAACCCCUUGCACCACAGGUGAACCCCUGAGCACAGAGCCAGGAGUAAGGCCAGAGCAUUGCCACCAAGUAUGGCUCCAAAAUAAAAUAGCAAAUAGGAAGGAAAAAAAAUGCCUGUGGGAUAAAGGAAGAGCAACUGAGAGUGACCUUGAGAGAUUCUACUGGGCGGCAGGUAGAAGAAUAGCUAAUACCUUAGAAUAACUCAUUGGAAAAAAGACCACUCUGUAAGAAACGAGAAUAUGACAGCACCAAACAACACUGUAGAUUUUCCAAAGCACCUCCCUAUAGCUCUUCUUGUGAGUACCGGAAGGUGGGGUUUGACCACCAGUACAGAGAGGAAGAUUCCCAUGCCCUGUCCAAGGCCUGUCACUGGCCCCAGCAUCACCAAAUGGGCAGCAGAGCUGGUUUCUAAGUCGGAUUUUUUCAUUACUGUUGUAAAAAAAGAAAAAAAAAACAAAACAAAAACCCAGAAAACUAGGGGCUCAGUGUGUCAAAGGAAAGGCCUUCUCCAGUCAUUUUGGAAUGCAAGAGCAGGAACUGCAGGGAGAGUGAUGAAAAUUAACCUACAAAUGAACCAAGGACAGAAUCCGAAAGGAAACCUGGGACCCUGGAGCUCUACCAUGUGUUGUCACCAUCUGUGGGGAAUAAGCAGCAAACUGGAUUCCAUCAGAAGUAAAUGAAAUACUCCAAAUAAGACAAAUGCAAGCACAGA